AUGACUUCAGAUGAGAACUGUACUGGGGUGAAGUUAAUAUGCCGAAGGAGAGAACUUUCAACCUGUGAGGAGGAUACAACAUAUUAUGGAGAAUUUACUGUGUUGGGUCCUCAGGUAGAACAGGUAGAGAAAUCCUAUCAAUAUAAAGGUUGGCAUCAACAUGAAGAAAUAUUCCUUUGGACUCCAGAUGCUAUUGUGGACAUGAAACAAGCUAGUUUAACAUCAGCUGAAAGUCUUGCUUGUAGAAAGCCCCUGACUGGGCGUUUGUCACUAAAUGUGCCCGUCGUAGCUCACCCGGGACUGAAGCUGUCUGAGUAUUUGGGCUUUGAAGAGGAGCUGUAUAAAUGUGAUGAAAAUGGAAGAGCCUGUGGCGAUUUCCAGUCCGCUCAGAAGUGUGCGAAGACAAAGGGUGGAGAGAAACCCUGUGAGUGUAAUCAGAGUGGGAAAUCCUGCUCUGGUCUUAGUGCAAGAACUCACCUCAGAGAGAAGCCCUUUGUGUGUAAGAGAAAAUUGAAAGCCUCUGGCACACCCAAUGAUACUCAGAUCCAUGAAAGAAAUCACAGUUGGGGGAAUCAAUAUGUAUGUAAACAGUAUGACAAAGCCUUUGUUUCACCCCACCGUAUUCAAGCACCUGAACGAAGGCAUGCUGAGAAGCUCUAUGUAUCUAAGGAAUGUGGGAAAAUGUUCACUUACAGUAAUUCCUUUCACAGGUGUGUAAGUAUGCACACUGGAGAGAAAACCUGUGUGUGUAAGCACUGUGGGAAAGCUUUCAGCCCAAGUAGUGAUUGUCAUAAACACGAACAAACUCACUAA